GCAGCCUUUUUCAGUUUUUUGUUUAUCCUCAAAACCCAACUGAAGACUUGAAAAAGAUUCCUAAAUCCAAAAGCUCUGGUUUUCGUUUCCAACCAUUUUAGCCGGUGGUUCCACUAGCCCCCAUCCUGGAUUACAAACUCGCUACAAGCCUACAACGCAGACAGAAAAAAGAGACAUGGAAUUUGGUUUGAAAUCUUCAUUCCUAAACACAAACCUAAACACCAACACGCCGGAGUUGAGUUGUCGGUCCGUUUCAAACUAUAAAUUCCAAAAAACUAAUCAUUCUAUAACUGUAAUAAUCACUUGUUGUAGUCGUGGUUCGGUGUCACCAGACCCGUGGUCUUUAAGUGAUGGAAACCACUUUAAACCAAAACCCAAAUCAAAAAACCCGAAAAACCCUCUUUCAGACGAUAAUGCCCGGCGUAUUAUCAAAGCAAAAGCUCGGUAUUUAAGUACGUUGAGACGUAACCAGGGUUCACGAGCAUUGACACCUAGGUGGAUUAAGAGGUCACCUGACCAAAUGAUUCAGUAUUUAGAGGACGAUAGGAAUGGACAUUUGUAUGGUAGGCAUGUAGUCGCGGCGAUUCAAAGGGUUCGGAGUUUGUCUAAUGAUGGUUCGUAUGAUAUGAGGCAAGUCAUGGCUUCUUUUGUUACUAAACUUACUUUUAGAGAAAUGUCUACUGUUUUAAAAGAGCUUAAGAGUUGGAGACAAGUCAGAGACUUUUUCGCCUGGAUGAAAUUACAGUUAUGUUACCGGCCCUGUGUUAUUGUUUAUACCCUUGUCAUUCGUGCCUAUGGGCAAACCGGAAAAAUCAAGCUUGCCCAAGAGAGUUUCUUGGAAAUGCUUGAAGCUGGGUGUGAGCCAGAUGAAGUUGCUUGUGGAACUAUGCUGUGCGCUUAUGCUAAAUGGUCUCGCCACAAGGAUAUGUUGUCAUUUUACUCUGCUGUACAAGAACGGGGUAUCAUUCUUUCCGUUGCUGUUUACAAUUUCAUGCUAUCCUCUUUGCACAAGAAUUCAUUUCACCAAAGUGUCAUCGACAUUUGGGGACAGAUGGUAGCUACUUCCGUAUCGCCCAAUCAUUUUACAUAUACACUUGUUAUCAGCUCAUUUGUUAAAAUCGGUUUAACUCAUGAAGCUUUCAACACGUUUAAGGAAAUGAAGAGUAUGGGAUUUGUACCAGAGGAGGUUACUUAUAGCCUUCUUAUUACAGUAGCUUCUAAAAUAGGUUUCCAAGAUGAAGCUUUAAGACUUUAUCAAGACAUGAGACAACAAAAAAUAGUUCCUAGUAACUUUACGUGUGCAUCACUUUUAUCACUCUAUUACAGAAGUGGAAACUAUUCUAAAGCUCUAUCCCUCUUCUCGGAAAUGGAAAGAUAUAAAGUUGUAUUAGAUGAAGUAAUAUAUGGUUUGCUUAUUAGAAUUUAUGGAAAACUUGGCCUAUAUGAGGAUGCCAUGAUAACAUUUGUAGAGGUUGAGAGGCUUGGUCUAUUAAGUAAUGAAAAGACUUACGUAACUAUGGCCCAAGUCCAUCUCAAUGCAGGGUGUUGUGAUAAAGCACUCGAUGUAAUGUUACAGAUGAGAUCUAAAGGGGUCGGGUUUUCUAGGUUUGCGUAUACUGUUUUGUUGCAAUGCUACGUUAUUAAGGAGGACGUAGAAGCUGCUGAACUUACGUUGCAAGCUCUUUCAGAGAGUGGUUUUCCCGACCUUUCUUCUUGCACCAGCAUGUUGACUUUAUAUAUGAAAUUAGGACUUACUGAGAAGGCGAAAGACUUGAUUGUCCAGAUAAGAAGAAAUAAAGUAAAAUUUGAUAAGGUACUCUUUAAGACAGUCAUGAAGGUAUAUUGCAAGGAAAAGAUGUUCAGUGAUGCCGAGCAGAUGAUACACGAGCUUAUUACAAACGGGUUACUGGAAGAUGAUAGCUUCGUUCAGACACUUUUGAUAGGUAUGGGUGGAGAAUUUACAAGACUAGAAGAAGCCGAUUCAGAUCCGUUGGCAAUUGAGCUUCUACUGACUCUUUAUAUGGCUGCUGAAAGUUCAAAUAAGAUGGAAAAAGCACUCAAAUCAUUGUUAGACACUGCUAAUGGCUUGUUAGUAGCUAGUCAAUUGCUUAUCAAUCUCUGUAAAGAAGGCUUGACAUCUGAAGCAGAAUCUCUGUUUGACCUAUUACUGAAGCUGGGUUGCAAGCCAGAGAUUUCUACAUUAUCAUCUUUGAUAUAUUUAUAUGGAAAGCAAAAUCAGGUUGAGCGAGCCAAACUAGUUUUUGCAGCAGUGGCAGAUGCUUCUUCAGAACAAAAACAUUUGUACAGUUGUAUAAUUGAUGUAUUUACCAGAUCUGCUAAGGUGGACGAGGCAUAUUUAUUUUACAAAGAGGAAUUUUCUGAAGGACAUGAUGUUGGUGCUGUUGCGAUAAGCAUGCUUGUGAAUGCAUUGAAUGGUUGUGGAAAGCAUCGCGAAGCAGGGAAUGUCAUUAAUGAUUGUUUCUAUAAGAACAUGGAUCUCGAUACCGUGGCAUACAAUACUUUUAUAAAGGCAAUGCUUGAUGCUGGUAGAUUGAAUUUUGCUGCCAGCAUCUAUGAUAGAAUGCUUGCAAAUGGUGUUGCUCCAUCAAUUCAAACAUUCAACACCAUGAUCACAGUGCAUGGACGUAGUCGAAAUCUAGAUAAAGCUGUAGAGAUGUUCAACACUGCUCGAAUAAAGGGUGUGGCUCUGGAUGAAAAAGCAUACACAAAUUUGAUAUCUUACUAUGGAAAGGCUGGUAAAAGUGACGAGGCAUCCAUCCUGUUUAAGCAAAUGCAGGAAGAAGGAAUAAAACCCGGACAGGUGAGCUACAAUAUCAUUAUGAAUGUGUAUGCUAUUGGGGGAUUCUACCAAGAAGCUGCUCAACUUUUUGUUGACAUGCAAAAAGAUGGUUGCUCACCCGACUCAUCUACAUAUCUGGCCCUUGUUCGAGCUUAUGUAGCUGGUGGAAAACACGUGGAAGCGGAGGAAGUUUUUAGUCUAAUGGAGAAAGAAGGCAGGAUAUCCCCCUCAUGUGCUCAUUAUAACUUAUUACUUUUUGCCCACACAAAAUCAGGUCUGGUGGGAGAAGUGGAGAGGAUUUAUAAACAACUUAUCGCAUCUGGGUUAACCCCAGAUGUUGGAUGUUAUCAAACCAUGCUUAGAUUCUACUUGGACUAUGGAUAUGUUGAAAAAGGCAUAUCUUUGUUUGAAACCAUGAAUGGUUCUGUAAAACCUGACAGAUUUAUCAUGAGUGCAGCUGUGCAUUUGUACAGGUCGGCAGGCUUGGUCAUCAAGGCCGAAAAUGUUUUAGGUUGCAUGAAUAAUCUGAGCAUUCCUUUUCUCAACAAUCUUGUGGUCGGAUGCAAGAUGAGGCUUCCGGAUUGAUUUCAUCACAUUUGCGGAAAAUGUUUCAGCCGCUAGCAACAAGCCCUUUCAGGCAUAUCUUCGACUUUUGUCUUUGGUAACUUUGUAAAUUGUAAAUGUUGAUUAUUUGUCUGUUAAAAAAACAUGUAAAUUAUUUGUUGCAGAUUAAAACCUUACCAUUUUUGUAAUGGACUUUGGGGGAUUAUGUGUAAAUCGCAAGGUGAUAUAUAGAGGAGCAUUUGGCUGUGGACACAGAUUACUAACA